GGUUUUAGGACUCUCUGUGAUUUUAUCUGUUCGUCAAUGGCUUCUAUUUCUACUGCUUCUUCUUCUUCACUUCUAUUCCCCUCUCGAAAUUUCGCAUCUAUUCCGUUAAUUCCACUCCGGAGAAGCUCUGUGUCUUUCAUUCGCUGUUAUUCUAAGAAUUCUUCUACGGAGGAGGACAUUCUCCGUUUCGUGGCGGAAUCCGAUGGGAAGGCACUUCCUUGUGUGCGGACGUACGAGAAUAAUUCAGCUCGGCUUAGCCUCGUUGGUACUGUUGCUUUUGAUCAGGCUUUAACCGCUGCUGCUGCUGACGGUGGUGAAGCCGCCGAUGAACAUCUUCGUGAUAAUGUCCCUGUCAUGGUGGUCGAGACUGUUUUUCCCGGAGGAUCUGAUCCUAAGGCUACUGUGUCAACAAGAUUGUUCUUGCCUACUAAGAAAGUUAAAGAGCGAGCUAAAAGAUUACGGCGGUCUCUCUCUGAGGAUCUUUCUAGUGGAGAUUUGUCCAAGAACAUACUUGCGAUGACUUUUAGGCAAGUUGUUUUGCGGCAGCUGUGGAACUUCCAGCUGGUGUUAUUUGCACCUGGAACUGAAAGAGAAAUGGGAGAUUUCGAAAACCCUCGAGAGGUUUCUACAUCCUUCACUCUUAGCUCAUCCGAUGAACGGGUUAUAUCUGUUAUUGCAGAAGUUAUAUGCAUCUCUGCUCUUCAAAGCACCGAGAAGCAUUUCCUCAAUGACUAUCUGGGAAAAGUUGAAUUUCCCUUUUUAAAGUGGUUAAAUAAACACAAGAGGAUUGCUUCAAGAGACUGCUCGGUUGUCCUGCAUAAGUUAUUUGAUGAUGAGCUGAAUACCAACCACUUGCUUGAGUAUUACCAGUCAAGGAAGGAAAAUUUCAAACUUGCAGACACAAGGCAAAGAAGCCGGUGGUGGAACUUAUCUGCCAAUUCUAAGUUGGAAAAAAUCGGUGGCCCUGGAUUUAGUAGUUGGGCAAGUGAAUAUUUACCUGCAUAUCGAUUAGAAAUUGAUACUACAAUACUUGCAGACUUAAAGCUUGAGGGCUGGAGAAAGUCCAGUGAGAAUAAGUGGGAAGUUCUUCUAACUCACUCCCAAAUGGUUGGAUUAGCUGAAGCAUUGGACAUUUACUUUGAAGAUAUAUAUUCACUCCCCAGGAAACAGCUACCAUGUGAUGUUCCUGGAAAUUAUGCAAACUUACCCAGUGAAAAGAGAGGAUUGUCUUUUUUGAAAUUCAUAUCUGUCACUAUGGCCAGUGGAAUUCUUCUUCUUGCUGUGAGUGCUGCGGCUCAAUUCUGUCUUCCUCAGAAAAGCGAGAGAAAGUAUCCUGGAAAACGCCAAGAUAUUUUAUGGUCAGAGAGUGAAUUGUUAUCCCAUCAAUCUUCAGAUUCCUCCGAGUUGGAUUCAUUCUGCGGAUUACUCGUCAACAAGCUCAAGGAUGCCUACAGCUGGGGAGGGGAGAUAACCCAGGAAAGCAGCAUAGGUUCCUGGAUUGGGGAAGUACCUGAUUACUUGAAAGAAACCAGCAGAGCUAAGUCUGUUGAAGAUCACAUCGUUACAAGCUCUUCUCUUCUGGAGAAACUCAAUGAAGACGCAAAGGCAUCUGCGCAAGAUAUCGCUACUUACCAGGUAGUGUUAUCAUCUGAAGGUAAAAUCAUAGGGUUCCAACCGACAAGCCGGGUGGCUGUGAAUCACUGGGCUGCUAAUCCUUUGGCUAAAGAACUUUAUGGGGGAAAAAAACUCAAGCCUGGGCUGAUCGAGCCUGGUCUUAAGAGUCGCCCUCCGAAAAAAGUAGUUGUGUUGGAAUUGUUAAUGUCUGUGAAUUCAGAUCGUCCUUUUGCAUUGGUCAGACCACUAUUGGCACAAUGACCAUAGCCAAGUUCCUGUCUCGUUAGAUAAAAAUUUUACAACAUAUGUAGGAUAUGAUUUGAUUGAUUGCUUGUAAAAUUUCGUCGCAUCUAUGAAAUACAAAUACCUUAAGCUU